GUAUGUAUGUCGUCGACAAUGGAAACCAACACAUUGGUACUCCAUGUAUUAUAAUCAGCUGUACAAUUUUCUACUCAUAACUUGACACACUUGUGUUAGUUUUGGCCAGUUUAACACCACGCCAGGCUUUCGGCCGGCAUUUUUUAGCUUUUCAACAUGACGGACGUUAUGCAUGCGUUGGUUUCGGAGGCUAAGAAAAACAGAUUUUCGACGAUACCGAAGUUGACCGACGAAGAUGUUGUCAGCGUUUGGGACAACGUAUCGCAGUAUGUUGAAAAGCAAAUGUCUAUGCAGAAGGGUGUACAAAUCCCAGGCCUUGGAACUUUUACUUUCACUCAGAAGAAGUUGGAUAUCGGCAACAACAAAUUUAUUCUAAUUCAAAGACCAGUUUUCAUUCUGUCAGAAAAGUUUGCCAUGACACAUGGUUUGAACUACACUAAACACCACACUACAGGGCAAAUUCCAAUAAUGCAACUCAACUUUUCUGCCUUAUCAACCGAGGGUCCAUUUGACAGAGACACUGUUGAGGGGUGCGUCAAGGAAGUUCUUCAAGCGUUGUCUCGUGCUGUCGGUGCACGUAGAAACGUAGAAUUUACAUUUUGCGGUAUUGGCCGUUUGUCUGUCAGAGACGGUAAAGUGAAAAUGAAGUUUUAUAAAGAUUUUAUACAGAUGAUGGAUGGAAGCGGACGGUUGAAUGAUGCACUUAGAAAUAGACCUGAUACUGCUGAUUCUGUUAUGUCUAGAGCCAGUUACUGCAGACCUUACACAACUAACACAUUGGUGCUACCUAGAAUUGGAGCCACUAAGGAUGGCUUCGCUCCUGAUGAACAUGAAAAAAAAGAAGCAGGAACCAUGCCAGCAAUCAAAGAGGCUGACGAGGAUGUUGAAGAGAAUGAGGGAAAGAAAACCUCAGCAACGCAAACUGAAGAGGAAGAAGAAGAAGGGAAAGUGGAAGGAGAGAAAGCCACAGAAGAAGAAGAUGCUGAGAAGCCAUCUUCAGGCAGUAAUAGGCAUCCAUCAAGACAGUUAGUACCAACUGCUAAAGCAACAGGUAUCAGUCUUAUAGAUGAUCUAAUUCAACCUCAGUUAUCCCAGUCUAUUCCUAAAGGCAUUCGUGACUCCAGCUUGACUCCAUCACCACCAAAUAGCAAGCCUCACAGUCCUAGAGAACCACUCGGACCACCACGUGUUUACAGCAACUCUCGAUUAGUUAAAUCUGCAGAUGAUGCCAUCCACAGGGUAUCAACACCAGACGGUGUUCGAUUCAGAACCCCUUCACCUGCGUCCACGGCAUGUGGACAUGCUCUUGCAGGACAGGAGCUCUGUUAUCUGUGCCAUCAGAGGGACCUUCACAACAUUCCUAUCUCAUUUGAAAUCGAGCGACGUAGGAAAGAAAUGGAGCAGGAUAGAUUACUGCAACAAUUCCAACAUAUGAAAGACACUGAAGCCAUCAUCAGAGAACAAGCUCAGAAUUUUGGUGAUAGACAUGAAGGUCAGAAAAUAGCAGCAUUCAAUCUCGGUGUUGCAGAAGCAAUUAAAGCCAAGAAGAGGGAAAGAUCAGUAGAUUUCCAUAGGUCAUACAUCUUCCAGAACCGUCCACUUACACCACCUAGAUUCAUUAAACAAGAAGAGUUAGCCCAAGAGCUGUCCAUGCAAGUAGACACUAAAGCUGCUCAUCAGAUCAAAAGGAAACACGAUAAAGAAUUCUUAGAAAGAUUAGAGCAAGUUCAGUUGGCUGAAGAUCUAGCAUUCCAAAGAGAACAGUACCUGAAAGAAAAACGUGAGCAAUGUGAUGCAUAUCAGAGAGCGCUAUCAGCUCAGGUACGGUUCAAGCCACUUCCUCUUCCUGCUGCGGUGUCUGAUUCAAAAGAGCCUAUAUUUGGCAAGAAUGACUGCACCAAUGAAAAGCUGGCUGACCAACGCCGUCGUGCACAUGAAAUUUAUCAAGAGCAACUGGACACUGUAGCUAAUAAGAAGAAAGAUCAAAUCCUACGCCAUCUGCGAUCACAGCGAGAAGAAGUAGAUAUGCUGGAAAGAACACGAAGAGAUUUGAUCGCCGACCGUGCUACACAUCAUGAACGAAACUUCACCAUGCGCAAGUCUCUGGAGUCUGAUUGGAAGAAAGCCUUUGAAGCCAAGAAAUAUCGUGACUUCGACGAGCGAAUGCGUGGUACCAGUGCAGGAAUGUUGCUUCAUGAACAGUGCGAUAAAUACAAAAGAUGCGGCCAGUGCAAACGGCGACUGGAAAACUGUGGCGAAUCAAACAUCUGGAGCGAGUCUCGGUACAUUCCUGGAUCACGUCUAAUAAUGUAAAAACAGUUGUUUUAGGUUACCAUAACAACAGACAAUUUUCUAACCAUAUGCAAUGUACAUCAGAUUUAAGUGUGAACAAAUUUGAAGUCAUGUGAUUAAAGUGAAACGCGCAAAUAUGUCUUUUGUACAUUUUGUAGAGAAGAGGGGGUUUGAUUGAUAUGAAAUACUGGUAGCUGUUUUGCACAUGUUCAUUUUUACUUUAGUAUUACUGUGUGAAACAUGCCUGUGCCAAUUUUGCGUUUUUUUCAUGUAUAUUCCGUCCAUCAGCAUUAAAACCCCAAUACCGGUAGUCCGUCCAACCGUAUCCAUAACAAAGUCAUCUAGCAGUUUUGUACUUUUAUUUCAUAUCAUCAUACAUUAUCUUACAAUAUGUUUAUGGCUGUUCUUACCUUGGUACAAACAGGCUUUCGCUAUUUUUUUUGUUUCAUUUUAUCGUUACAGUGUUGAGUAGUUAAGUUAAUAUUUCUCGAUGUCCUGUGCUAGUUAAGACAUUGCCUGCUGACUUUUUCCUCCAUUCAUUUUGGUAUGUCUGUGAAGGCAAUGUGUUAGCCCCUAGAGUGUCAAAAUCUUUUCAACCAAAAUUUUACCUAUUUUUAAUUAUUUUUCCAUAUUAUUUUUGAACCAAAUAGUCAGAAUUCCCUAUCAGCUACAGGUCUACAUCAAAAGUUUGGAAAAAAAAUCUGUGAAAAUGUAAUAUUUUAUUUUGUGAAUGGUGUUGUUGACGUUGGCGCUCAUAAGUUUAAGACUAGUCAUACACUGCAAAUACAGUAAUGUAUGAAAUUACAAAUUCUGUGGAGAAUUAAUUUAUUUAAAAUUAUACUGUUGUGUUAAUGGCGCUGAUAUGCGCAACUAAGUUGUGAUUAUCUGUAGAGAAUCUAUUCCAUGAUAGGGUUCAGCUUAUUACACUGCUGAUUUUGACUUGAAGGUUUGAGAAAAUGUACUGCAUUUUGAAAUAUUCAGUAUGAGGUUCAAUACCAGGUUUAACAGCAAAAAGUAAGCGGUCAAAUUGUAUUGUUUAACACAGAUUUUGGAAAAGUAGAUGGCUAUAAACCUGUUUAAGAACACGUCCAUAAGCAGGCGGCUUAAUAAACCUUCCACGGUUGUUUAGAGAAAACACUGUGUUGUACUGCAUCAUUUACUACGUGAUACCUUGUCCCAUUUACAUAAAAAAAAUUCUAAUAUUCUUUUACUGUAUCUACCGUAGUACGGUAAUACAUAACAAGCGGUGUGUAAAAAGUUUGUAUUCUGAUUCAGCAUUCUUCACAUUCCUUCCAAAAUGAUUCAAGUUAAUAACAACUACCAGUAUUAAAUUAAUUACCAUAGAUUAGUUAUUACCGGUAUCUUGAAACGACUGGAAACCCGGUGUCUGGAUCUGUUUGGUUUUUUGUACGAAUCGUCUUGCACAAUUUUAUUUUUUUUCAGUAAUGAAUCAUGUCUGUAAUUAGUGAUUUGCAAUAUUUUUUCUUUUAGAAAAAGUGUAAUAGUUUUACGCACGGUACAUGAAUUCUUUGGUUUGUUUGCUUUGUUGAAAUGAUUAAUAUAUUUACUGCUUCUAGCAAUACUGUCUUCUGUUUGUAAAUAUGACUACAUCGACUCCAAUGAAAAUAAUGUAUGGUUGUAAAUAUGCUGGAUAAUAAAGAGUUUUACAAGAAA